AUGAGUAUUUCAGUAGUUAUUGGUUAUCAGCACGCCUUUCCAAAGAAAAUGCACGCGCCUGGAAAUGCACCAAUCUUUGCCGUUUAUUACACUACUCUUGCAGCGUUUGGCUUGCCAGCCAAUAUGGUGACGAUCGUGAUUCUCUCCCAGGGAAGAUGCGGCCUUUCCAAAUGCAUUACUCGCUAUCUGGUGUUCAUGGCGGUGACGGAUCUCCUGGUCAUUGUCGCAGCCGUGAUAUUGACCCGGUUGCGGCCAAUUUAUUUCCCGCUUAGUUUCUUGGCAACAAAUCCCGCCUGCAGUGUCGUUAUUGCAGUCAGCUGGGCUUGCAAAGACACUUCCGUCUGGUUAACUGUCGCGUUCACCUUCGAUCGGUUCAUCGCCAUUUGCUGCCAGCGACUGAAACACGGUUAUUGUACGGAGAAAACGGCGGCUGCAGUUAUUGGAGUAAUCUGCGUGCUUGUGUGUUUCAAAAACAUACCGCUCUACUUUGUUUAUGAGCCCGUGUAUAUUAUCGAUAAGGUGCCCUGGUAUUGCAGCAUAAAAGAAAUCUAUUAUACUUCAACUUCCUGGCGAGUUUAUGACUGGCUGCAUCGUAUAUUAAACCCAUGUCUCCCUUUCCUUCUGAUUUUGCUACUUAACGCUCUGACAGUCAGACACAUCUUGGCGGCCAGUGGAGCCCGCAAGAGGCUCCGGGCCCAGAGCAAUGGAGACAACCAGAGAGACCCAGAGAUGGAGAGCAGGAGGAAGUCCAUCAUUUUACUCUUCGCCAUCUCGGGUAGUUUCCUGUUGCUGCGCCUGACGUUCGUUGUCAACUUCCUGUUUGUGCAGUUUUCGAGCAACAACUAUGCCAACAGUUCCAAUUCCACUGACCCGAGGUUUAUUCUUCAAGAAAGCGGAUAUAUGCUAGAGCUUCUCAGUUCCUGCACCAACUCGUGCAUUUAUGCGGGGACGCAGACCAAAUUCAGAGAGCAGUUGAAAUAUGCGGUUACAUAUCCCUUCAACCUGAUUAAGAAAAUCAAGUAA